AUGGGGCUCUCUUUUUGGUGCAGGUGUUUACUUUUGCUGGGUUUGAUAGCUGUACAUGGCCACGCUGCAGUUCAGACAUGCAUGGAUAAACACCAAGUGGUUGGGGUGCUGAGACAGAUGGAGAAGUUUCUGAAAGGUCAGGAGCUUCGAUUCACCGAGGGCUUCCGGAUCAUGAAGUCAAAAUUGGCAACUCUUCAGAAUUCUGUCUCCAAGUUGCCUCAAGCGGACCAGUCAGCUGCUCCUGCCACCUGCCAGCCCCUGGAAGAACUGGAGCACGGGACCAAGUUUGGAUCCAAACACUUAGCCGGGCACGAGGUGCAUUUCUCUUGCUCGCAGGGUUACCAUCUGGUGGGUUCGGCCACACGUGUGUGCCAGGACAAUGGCACCUGGAGCGGAGUAGACGCAAUCUGCAAAGAUGUAAGUGAAUGUGCAAGUAACCCCUGCCAAAAUGGAGGUACCUGCGUGGAAGGUGUUAAUCAGUACAAAUGCACCUGCUCACAGAGCUGGAGUGGCUCUCAUUGCCAGCACCAUACUCAGACUGCUCCUCCCGAGUGGAGCGUAAUGAACGAUCCAGCGUUCAGCCGAAAACCUCGCUGUGCCCAAGUGAACCGGGCCCAACACUGCAGCUGUGAUGCAGGCUUCCACAUGAGUGGCACCUCUGACAACAGCAUCUGCCAGGAUGUCAAUGAGUGUGAAGUCUACCGUCUGGACCAGGGCGGGACGUUGUGCGUCCAUGAAUGUGUCAACGUCCCGGGUUCAUACCACUGCUCCUGCCCCAGUGGCUACAAGUUACUCCCAGAUGGGCGGAGCUGCGAGGAUGUGGACGAAUGUUUAAACCAGCAGCACAACUGUAGCCGAGGAACAACAUGCAUCAACACUGGGGGAGGCUUCCAGUGCAUCAACCCAGACUGUCCCCGAUCCCAUGGCAACAUCACCUACGUCAAAACAUCUCCUCUUCAGUGUGAGAGGAAUCCCUGCCCUAUGGAAAGCCGCUCCUGCCACCUCGCUCCAAAGACCAUCUCUUUCCACUAUCUCUCCCUCCCCUCCAACGUACAGACGCCCGCCACCCUUUUCCGAAUGGCCACCACGGGGGCUCCGGGGCGCGCGGGGCCCGACAGCCUGCGCUUUGGCAUCGUGGGAGGAAACUCCAGGGGUAUCUUUGUUAUGCAGCGCUCAGACAGACAAACUGGCGAGCUGAUACUGGUUCAGCAGCUGCGCGGGCCGCAGGAGAUCAACGUAGACGUGGACAUGUCGGAAUACGCCGACCGUAUCUUCCAGGCAAAGCAUGUGGCAAGAGUCCAUGUUCUGGUGUCACCCUACAACUUCUGA